CAAACAUCGACUUAAUUAAGAUGAGUAAAACUUUUUUCUUGCUUGCCUUGUUGCUCCUUGGAGUGGUGCUUUUCACCACUCCCACUUCGGCCGAUCAAAAACCACCCGGCGGUCACAAACCACCCGGCGGUCACAGACCGCCUGGUCACAAACCACCUUCCACGGAGGAGGAAUCUGCAGAAACCUUGGAUGUUAAGCCACCCACAUACAAGCCACCACCAACACACAAGCCACCUCCUCCGAAGCACAAGCCGCCAACUCCCUUUGAUGAAGCAUCUAAGGAAGUGGAGUCAAUCCCUGAACACGAGCCAAUCCACAAGCCUCCUCCUAAGGGCAAGGGUGAGAAGCCACCACCUGGCCACUACCCUCCUGUCGAGAAUGUUGAGGACUCACACGAGCCACCUGUCCAUAAAUCCCCUCCAAAGAAGCCACCACCCUCCUGUGGAGAAUAUUGAGGACUCACACAAGCCACCUGUCCAUAAAUCCCCUCCAAAGAAGCCACCACACAAGCCUCCAACUUCCAACUGAUGACAUGAAAACCAAGCUAUCUACCUAGGUUAAUAAAUGUAUCAUGUAGUAAGAAAUUAAUAAGAGCUCUUAAUGAUCCAUCCUUUUUAUGAACUAGGCGUUAUUGUCCUCAACCUAUGUAUGCAUGUAUCUUCUGUUGGUUCAUCUACGUAAGUUACUGGAUGUAACGUUUGUAUCAAUUGGCUUUCAGCCAUGUAAAAUGGGCAUGCGUUUGGCUCUAUUUGUGUAAAAUUUCCUGUUAGUACUGCUUGCUGAACUAGUAUUUGCUUUUGGAUGUAAACAAACAUUAUAUCAGAUUAUCUUCGCUUUCAUA